ACUCAAAUUUUGCCAGAUACUUCAAGAUAUAUUAAAAUUUUCGUUGUUAUUUUAGAAUAACAACCUGUAGAAUUUAAUUUAAGUUUCAUAUCUACAUUUGUGCGAUAUAUUCACUUGAGAAGCGCCGUUUAAAAAGAAUAAUGACUUUGAACAGGAAACCCACCUAUACAUUUACGGAUUUAAAUAAAGAUCUUAAUGACCUGUAUGUAUAUUUAAAAAAAGAAAAAUAUACGGAAAAAGAAAUUAAAAACCUUAUGUUACCAUUAACUUCCAAACUAACAGAAGAAAACAAAACAUUACUAAAGAUUCUUCAUAGUUGUUUAAUAUUUUUUCUGGUACUUGCUGUAAUUUAUUUUUUCACUUAUUGGGACAAAUUUUAUUGGAACUUAACAGCGUUAACAAGAAUUUUUUUGAUAAAAAUACUAAAUUUGUAUGACUGGAGAUAUUUAAAAAACGAAAUGUGCUUAAUAGAUAAAAAUCUAUUUCAAAAUAAAGCUAUAUUUCAACAAGAACUGGCUUUUGAAUGUGAUCUAUGUGAAUCAGUACAGAAUCUAGAUGAAAUCGUGUAUAAUUAUGAAGAUAUAGAUAGUGAUUUUAUUGAAAGAUUAUUAAAAUUAGAUCGCCCAAUCUUGAUACGAGGAGGUAUAGAACACUGGACUCAGCACUCCCCCGAAGAUUUUGUGAAUAUUUUGACAUCUGACGUAGAUUUUUCUACAUCAGUCCCUUGCAAAUUAAGCAGCAAUAUAUUCAGCUCUAGAGAAGACUCAACAGAAGCCAAAAGUCUGAUCUUUAAAACAUCGUUUUUUGAAUCCUUUUUUCUGCAUUUUCAAAACUGUGAAAAACGCGCUGUCAGAGUUUUUCGAAAUAUCACAUCAAGACCUGAUAUUGUACCGGAUGUUAUGAGCCCAGUCACAUUGAAUUGGUUAUUGUGGAGCAAAAACUACAAUGUUUCCAAGUUUAAACCAAUCGAUUUAGUAGAGAAGUACACUAUGAUUGGUCAGAUUUUUGGAGGUAUAGUACUGAAAUUAAUACCUCGAAAAAAUUGCAAAGAAAUUUGUGCGGUACUCGAAGUACCGUUGUAUGAGAAUGAGUUUAUUUUGUUUAGCAGUUUGUGGGAUGUUGAGUAUAAGCCUUUUGGGAAGGGAGAAAAUUUAGGAGCUGUUUUAGAGAUUAAAGGAUAAAUAAUUCUUGUUUAUAAAUGUUUUAAAUUGAUUUGUGAAGGUUUUGAUAAGAAAUAUAGUA